GACCGUAUGUAUCCCGGACUAGCAGCUCCACCGGCCCGGUGCACUGACGGCUACGGUUGCUUCGUGUCGACGCCGACUGGCGACCGGCUGCGUCAAGAUGUGCCACUCGGACCACGGCGUUGACCUCCGCGACCUCUCCUUCCAAAUGCCCGGCAGCCCCUCAGAGCUGGGCCCGGCACACAGAGCGUGAACUAAAGCGCCAAACAGACCCCACAUCUACCUGUACCCUUGACCCCACACAGGAGCUCCCUCCCCCCCUUCUCCUGCAUCAAUGGACAGCCCUCCCAAGCUGUUGGGCGAGACCCUGAUCGUGCACCACAUCCCCCUGGUGCACUGCCAGGUGUCCGGCGGACGGCAGGGUGGCUGCGGGAUCUCGCUGAAGAGGGGCGCCACGUUCAUCCCGCCGGAGAACCUGGGCUUGAGUCGCACCACGUCGCUCCCCGAGAGAGACGUCCUUCAGAGAGAGGCUCUGCUCUACAGCAGCCUGAUCCAGGCCUCCGGCGGCUCCCGGGCCUCCCACAACGGCCAGACGGAGAGGAACGUCGGCGGGAGGGGAGGCAGCACGGCGAGCGACGAUUCAUCGUUCACCUCGAGCAAUUCGGAGGACCAGGCGAUCAGCGCUCACACGCUGCCCAGGGCCAAACCCAGGAACAGGAAUCCGCUGCGUCACAAUCCGUUCCUGCUGAACACAGAGGACGAGGAUGAGGAGGAAGAAGAGGAGGAGGAGGAGGAGGAUGGCGACAACCUCAGCGGUUACCUUGAAGACUCCUCUUUUCACCUCCACAGCGACACCAACCCCGCCCUCGACAAAGGGAUGGUUCCUUUCCACUUGCACGACCUGGGCUUCGCCGCCGAGCCCUUCCUUUUGCACCGGUCGGCGGGCGGAAGCACCCGGCACUCUCUGAGGGCGGCGGCCUCCGAGCUCUCCGCCCACCUGAAGGACCUGGAGAUCCUGGGACUGGACAGCCAGCUGCGCCACAGCAGCAGCGGCUCCAACAUGUCCAUGGACUGCGGCGAGCAGGACUGGGGCGAGGACGACGGGGAAGAGGAGGACCACCCCAUGAGGUGCGGCCGGAGCUCCUCCAGCUCCUGCACGCAGCACUGCUCCUGCUGCGCGCUCUCCCAGAACUACCCUCAGCACUUCCCCGAAUCCUUCUCGGAGCCCUUCUCGGAGUGCCAGCGGGGCUACGGCAGCGACUCCUCCUGCAACAGCUCGGACGGCGUGCUGGUGAACUUCAGCGCCAUUUACAACAAGAUGAACAACAGCGUUCCGGAGAAGCCGCCGCCGUCCGGGCACACCAACCUCAACGGCUCCGCUGAGCACCGCCGCACCUCGUCCGCUUCGGAUCCCAAGCGAGACUCCGCGGUGGGGGCUUUCUAUUUGGACCUUCACACCUCCCCGACGGAACCGCCUCUUUCACAACCCUCCUGCCUCGGCGGCACCUUCCCUCUCGUCCGCGAGCCGCACCUGUCCACCUCCUCCACGUGCUCGUGCGCCGCGGAGCACCAGGGCGCCCUCGACCUCGACGCCAACUGCAACUCCUACCACCCGCCGCACUCCGGGUCGUCCGGAGACCUCGCCUCCUGUCUGCAGAGCCAGGCGCGACUGGUGGUCGCCACCCAGAACUACUACAAGCUGGUCACGUGCGACCUGUCGGCCCAGUCGUCUCCGAGCCCCGCGGGCUCCUCGGUCAACAGCUGCUCCGACGAGCACAGCAAAGGCAGCCCCACCCCGACCCAGCCCAACGAGUACUUCCUGUUCAGGCAGAGAGCCGAGGAGGAGGGUGUGGAGGAAGAGGACGAAGACGGAGAGUCAUCCAGGCGAGAUGAUGACGAUGGUGGUGAUGAGGAUGAUGAGGAGGAGGAGGAGGAGGAGAAGCAUCAGCAGGCGGCCGUUGGAGCCGCCGGCUCCCCCGCCGCCGCGAUGGAAGGCCAGGUGUACGUCAACGUCUCCCCUCCCGUGGUUGGCCGCGCCGUAAUCGGAGCGUCCUCGGGACCCCGCCCCCGCUCUCGCAGCUACGACCGCAACCUGGACGAGUCUCCGCCCCCCCGGCUCGGAUCGCUGGAGCGCAUGCUGAGCUGCCCCGUCCGGCUCAGCGAGGCAGACGCCGACGCCGCCACCACGCCGGCUCCCCCGCGGGUCACCUCCUUCGCGGAGAUCGCGAGAAGCAAGCGGAGAAACGGCGGAUCGGGCGGGUCGCCGCCGCUCAAGACGGCCGCCGACCCCUUCUCCUACUCAACCCACUCCCACCCCUCCCUGGAUUUCUCUCCCAUCCCGGAGCGGCGUUCGGAGGCCGACUGCCGGAGCCUGUCGCCCGUUCCCUUCACCAGAUGUUACAGUCAAGGCAGCGCUGAGCGACACCAGCAGGGGGCGAGAGAGACCCGCACCAAGGCCGAAGGUGGCCUCUCGACCUCCUCAGACAGCGGCCCGGCGGUGGUGCGCUACAGCAAGGACCAGCGGCCCACCACCCUCCCCAUCCAGCCCUUCACCUUCCACCACCAGUUCGCCUCCAGACCCCCGCAGCCCAAGCCCCAGCUGCCCCUGCUCUCGGGCUACGUCUCUGGGAUGCAGGCCCGCUCCAGCUCCACUUCCGGCUCCGGCUCCGGAGAUCCGGCGGGGGAGGACGGUGGAGACGCGGCCGAAAUCGUGCACAGGUACCAGGGGACUGUGGCUGCGGCAGCCCCUCCUCCGCCCGGAUCGGUGCGCCCCUCGCCCCUCGGCAGCUACUCCCCGGUGCGCCUCCAAGGGGCGCCCAGCUCCGGGACCUGCUCCACCUGCACCCCGCACAGCCCCUCGUGCCCGCUUUCGGCGGGCCUCGGCACCCCGCCGCCGGCAAAGCAGGGAGGGGCAUCGGUACCGCCGACCGCUCCGCCUCCAUCCCUGGGGGCGAAGAGAGGGGCGGCGCAGGGCCACUGUUUCCACGGCGACAAGCUGAGCCCGCUGGGCUGCGUGGAGUCUGGGAAACCCGCGGAGGAAAGCAACGCACCGGGAGCCAGAACGCAUCACGCGCACCACCUCUCUCCCCAGGCUCUCAAAUGGAGGGAGUACCGCCGGCGAAACCCUCUGGGGUUGGAGAGGGCCUCGGAGGGCCACUCUUCUGGUCACCCGGAACCCGACGGGAGCGGCGCGGGGGCGCGACCCGCCCGGAGGAACGUGUUCGAUUUCCCUUCCGCCCCCAACGCGCUGGGACGGCUCAACGCGGGCCAAUCAGCAAAGCUGCAGCAGAUCUACAGCGACUUCCUGCCGGACUACUUCUCCCUGACCGAGAAGCCUCCCGAGGAGUUCUGCCUCUCCCCCGACCCGUCGAGCUCCUCCUCCUGCAGCGCCUCCUCCCAGUCCCACGUCUCGGUGGACCUGACGCAGAAGAGAGGUUUGGUGAAAGCCGUGAACACGGCAGUGGAUCUCAUCGUGGCGCACUUCGGCACCAGCCGAGACCCAGAUGUGAAGGCCAAGCUGGGGAACAGCUGGGUGAGCCCCAACGUGGGGCACCUCAUCCUGAAGUACCUGUGCCCGGCCCUGCACGAGGUGCUGCAGGACGGCCUGAAGGCCUACGUGCUGGACCUGAUCAUCGGCCAGCGGCGCUGUCGGCCCUGGAGCCUGGCGGAGGCCUCCACGCAGCCGGGUCCGUCCACUCGUGUCCUCCACGGCUUGUUCUCGAAGGCGAGCCAGUACUCGGAGCUCACGAGCCACAGCAUGAGACUCAACGCCUUCGUCAUCGGCCUGCUCAACCUAAAAUCUUUGGAGUUCUGGUUCAAUCACCUCUACACUCAUGAAGACAUUAUUGCGGCGCACUACAACCCGUGGGGUUUCCUGCCCCUGUCGCAAGGGGCUUGCCAGCCGCUCUUCGAGGAGCUCCUCCUCCUCCUGCAGCCGCUGUCGCUCCUCCCCUUUGACCUGGACCUGCUGUUCGAACCGCACCUCCUCCAAAAGGGCCAGGAGCACCUCCGCCGCAAAGAGCAGCUGUGCUCGGCGGGCCAGAGCGUGGACCGCUCCACCCGCUCCACCUUCCAGCUCAUGAGGGGGUGGAGCGCCACGGUGAGCGAGAUGGUCAGGGACUCCGGUGCGGAGGCGAGGCGCGAGAGGCCGGCGCUGAGGCGCGAGGGAACGUGGCCGAGGAUGGAAGGAGUCGGCGCGAGGGCAGAGGGAGCGAAACCGAGGCUGAGGAGCGAGGGGGCGACGACCACCGCGACGGAGAGCGCGACGGCGGUCAGGAGGCCGGACACGAUGGAGGAUCUGUGGAAGGAGAGGGGGAUGAGCGGGCAGAGGAUGAAAGGCGUGGGACAAGAGAGCCAGGGAGACGGCGAGGACGGACGGGAGAAGGCCGGUAGGAAGGAGAAGGAGAAGGACGUGGCGGAGGAGGGGCGCCAGCGGCAGGAGAGGCAGGCGGGCUGGUGGUACCAGCUCAUGCAGUCCUCCCAGGUCUACAUCGACCAAUCCGCAGAGGGGUCCAAGUUUGUCAAGACGGAGAAAAGGAGGAAGCCGUCGGAGAGACGGCAGAACCGGCUGCCGCCCACCAGAGAGGGCGUGGUGGAGGGGGCGGAGUCGAGUCAAGAAGGGGAGGGGCAAAGCAGCAGGAACGGCAGCGGCAGCAGCGGGGAGUCAUCCGGAUCCAGGGGGAGGCCGUCGUGGAUGGGCAGCCCGCCGGACUCGGUCCUGAACCAGGAGAAAGAGGCAAAGCCUCCGGGGGGUGCGGCCCAAGAGGAGAGCGCCUCCCAGGGACAGGGUCUGCGCUGGGGCCGGCUCUUUGGAGCCGGCGUCGGUUCCCCUACGAGGGCGGAGCCAGCUGAGCAGAAGGGAAAAGCUCAGAAGACCAGGCCGCCGUCCGGUUGGCUCUCUCUGGACCGGUCGGUUCUCGACCUCGUGGCUCAGACUAUCGGAGCAGCAGGCGGCGGCAAGAAGGCCGAGCCUCCAGCGGCACCCGCCCACCACCCCCAGACCGCCUCCCCCCCACCGCCGCCGCCGACCCGGCCCACUGAAGCCAGGCAGCCGUCUCCAUGCGAGGUGCGAGCCCUGUGCCACCACAUCGCCACCGAGCCCGGCCAGCUGAGCUUCAGCAAAGGCGACGUCCUGCGGGUCCUGAGCCGGAGGCCCGAUCCCGACUGGCUGCUGUGCUCGCUGGGCUCCACCCGGGGCCUGGUCCCCAUCGUCUACGUCACCCUCAACGGCGCGGAGGACGGCCGGGACGCCGCCGCUGGACUCGGGCGCUGUUGAACCGCCAGAGAGGGAGAAAAAGCUGCGAGGUCAAAGGUCAAACCGCUGAACCGGAAAACACUGAUCACUGCACAUUAGGGAGGAUUCCUGAAGGGAAAAAAAACAACACAAAGAUUGUAUAUUAAAUGAAGAUGAUGUACAGGCACAUGCGAAGGGAAGCAUGCAGGCUAGAACCCAAACUCACACGUUCUACUCCAGAGGG